CUCUCACUCAAGUCCGGGUAAGCUGGAAUGCAUUGACGUCAGAGGAGGUAGAGCGCGAGAGCAGAAGUGAGCGCGCGAGCACUGCGGAGCGUCGCGCACAUUGGAGAAAAAGAGCUGAGACGCGCUGGCCGCUACUUGCCUCGUCCUUAUCGGACAACUGGCAUCAUCAUUCAUAAAUAAGCAAUAAUAACGGAAACAUAUCGUGCGUUUGCAGAUAUUUGGAAGCGAAUAUUUUUAUUUAACCACCCAAAAGAAACACAGACGCGAAGCUGAUAAUACUAUUCACAGCGGAUGUUGUUGCGUAAAGACGCCUGAAUCGCCUCACAUCACUUCAUAUGGUGAUGUCUCAUUAAAUCCCUAGUUUCCAUCAGCAAUCUCUGGUAACAGAGCCCAGCCCUGCAACUGUACCUCUACUGCUUGAUCCAAAAUGGCUGCCGCCAAAAGCGGUUACGAGGGCAAGAUAGCCGGCUUAUACGACCUGGACCGCACACUGGGCAAAGGCCAUUUCGCCGUGGUCAAACUAGCCCGCCACGUAUUUACGGGACAACUAGUGGCGGUCAAAGUCAUUGACAAGACCAAGCUUGACGACUUGGCUACCGGCCACCUGCUUCAAGAAGUCCGCUGCAUGAAACUGGUCCAGCAUCCCAACGUGGUGCGCCUUUACGAAGUCAUCGAUACGCAAACCAAGCUCUACCUCAUCCUGGAGCUAGGCGACGGAGGCGACAUGUACGAUUAUAUCUUGCGUCACGAGGGCGGGGUGGCCGAAGACACGGCGAAAGUGCAUUUCGCGCAGAUCGUCCGAGCCAUUGCCUACUGUCACCGACUGCAUGUCGUACACAGAGAUCUGAAACCUGAGAACGUGGUUUUCUUCAGGCAGCAAGGGACAGUGAAGCUAACGGAUUUCGGCUUUAGUAACCACUUUAAGCCCGGGACCAUGUUGAUGACCAGCUGUGGUUCGCUGGCGUACUCCGCCCCAGAAAUACUAUUGGGUGAAGAAUAUGACGCUCCUGCUGUGGAUAUCUGGUCACUGGGUGUGAUUCUCUACAUGCUGGUGUGUGGACGUCCACCCUUUCAAGAGGCCAAUGACAGCGAGACCCUCAUCAUGAUUAUGGACUGUUGUUACACUGUACCCGACCACAUAUCUCCAGAAUGCAAAGAUUUGAUUUCACGUAUGCUGCAGAGGGAUCCUGCCAAGCGGGUGUCUCUCACUAACAUAGAGGGCCAUCCUUGGUUGCAGGGCGUCGACCCCUCGCCCGCCGGGUACACGGCCGCCCCGCUCGACUCUCACCGCAGUUUGUUGCCCGAGGAGCACGAGUUCAUACUGCAGGCUAUGACCAGCGGCAACAUCGCCAAUCGGGAGGCCAUCCAGGAAGCCCUGGAGGCUGACAGAUACAACCACAUCACGGCCACAUACUACCUUCUAGGAGAGCGACUUCUCCGGGAAAAACAGGAGCAGUCCAGUCUCACACCUGAACAGAAACGGAGGCCCAUGUCGGAACCCCUGGACUUGGUGAGCCAAAUGCCCCGGGCCGACACACUGAGAGGAGCCCCUUUGGGUCCCUUGGUCCCUCUCGGCUCUCUGUCCUCUGGAUAUACCCGAAAGGGCGUGAGCGAAUCCGGAGACCUUAUGGCUCCCAAAGCAAACCGUCAUGAUAAUUCCUUCAGUGAUUUUUGUAGCCCUGCUCCAUGUUUGAGUUUCAGCUUGCGCCCUCUACCUCCCGACCAACCUACUGUCAAGAGCCUCGGAGCCUUACAGCAGAUCUGUGAGGAAGAAGAGGAUGAGGAGGAUGAGAAAAACAGGGGUGAGGUGAAGCCUGCAGUGGUACCCCCCAGUAGGCUUGGUCCGCUUCCUUCCACAGAUCUCUCUUCGAAGCCUUCUAGAACAUCUUUACAAUCAGAGACUCGUAGGAGAACCAGUAGGCCAAAAAGUAAGGUGAUGGGAAACUGCGAAACACUAUCUGAGGUGGAGGAACAAGAGGAAGGGGCGGAAGAGGCAGAUAAGCAGAAGAACUAUAUUACAAUAUCCAUCGAACAUGAAAUAGAGAAGCCCACAAAGACAGAAGAGAUCAACCACACAGAGCAACCUGGUAGAGCAAGAGACCACCCUAGCGUUUCUUUAGAUGCACAUGAUGAAAAACACAAUCAAGAUGUGAAAACAGAAGGACCACCACCAUCAUCUCCUAAGUUGGAUGUUGUGCAGUGCUGCUGGGGACAGCGUGAACCUUCUAAGGACAUGUUAGAAAACAACAACAACACCCUAGCCAAAUCCAAGUUACUUGAGGUUGGGGUCGUAUCAACCCCUUGUGGUUCUCCAAGGUCCUUACCUAGGAACCAUUGCGUAGACCUAGGUCCAGAUGGCGUGGAGAUGCGUAAAACAGGGGCCGAAGUUGAGAAACCAGAGGAGGAACAACCCAAACCUCAGAAAGGCCUCCACGGAUCUAAGGAAACGAGUACAGACCCUACUAUACGGCCCGACCCCGUCAAGGUCAAGAACGUGAACUUGAGAGAACGUCUCUUGCAGUUUCCGCUUUGCGAGAAGGCCUUGUCUUUCAACAUCCAGCCUACGUCUAAAGAAAAGCUUCUUCCGUUCGCGCAGUAUAACUGCUGUCAUGUGUUAUAGAGAAAAGACGAUGAAGAAGAGAUUCAAACUGAAAUCAACAAAAGCCCUCCGGUCCCUUCAAGUCCCCUGAGUUGGGUAAAGGACACCCCAUAGUGUAACCUCCGAGACAAAAUCUACUAAUUGUACAUGUUUAUUUUCUUUCCUAACCCAGCAUUCCUUGCUGCUUCCCUGUAUGACGAUUAACCUCCUAGCAAUGCUGUGUAUAUGAGCACCUGUAUCUACUGACACUGCUCACUAUAUUCUGUGCUAUCUCAGAGACUUUCUAGAUCUAGAGUAUGUCUUGCCACCGUAGGUGAUUUAAUUCAAUAACUUUUAAACUUUCAAUAACAUUUUUGCACUGUAAUGUCUUCAUCACACUGAAUAUCACUAAGUUUAAGUUUACUUAAACUGGGAGGACCACCCCUUAUGCCGUAUACGCACCAAACUUGAAGCAUUGCGUUCUUUGCGCUAGAUCACUCGCAGGAUGUAAAAUUUUUCGCUUGAGUUGAAUAUUUUCAACUUGCGCAAAGACUCAUUUGAGGUGAAUAGCAUGUUUUCACGGAAAUCGCGCCACCCAGUUCGCGUUAUUUGCAUCUGCAAGCGCAAGUUUGCCUUUAUUCGCAGCUUUGCAUUGACUUUGGAUAUAAUCUAGUCGCGCAAAACCUUGAAUUCUUUUUUUGCAGCGUGACAGGGUGAGCUUACACAAGAACGAUGAACAAUGGUGAACAAGCAAAUCUGAGAGCGUUUAAAGUAAGAUUCAUUCAUAAUUAAACGUUGAAAUUAUGCUGCGUAGCCUACAUACCAGAAGCGAAUUAAAUUAUUUGCACGAGUAGUUUACAUACAAAAUCAAUGCAAAGAAGCGAAUUCGCGGGGGUUAUGUAGGGUGAUCAUACGUGCCAUUCUUCCCGGACGCAUCUUGGCCAGGAUUUCGGUGCGUCGUCCGGAAGUCGUAUUUGUUGACCGCAUACGCCAUUCA